UCCCUGUUGUAAAUGCGACGAGAUGAAAGCUAACGCUGGCUCUCUGCUUAACAGCCGACACCCUGCGGUUCCAUCGACAGCGCCCGGGGUCUUAUUCACCUGGUGAUAUUUUACCCCGGUAGGAGAGACUGACUUGUGGCUUGUGAGUGUUUAUCUGCAGCCACGAUGGAGGGAUUUGUGCAGGAGAAGCCAGGAAUGGAUUGAGGCGCGGAUGCUAGCAAUGGAGGAGGAGAGAGGAGCUGGUGACUUCGUCUGCUUCGGUCCCAAACCGUAAAAAAUGACUUGAUAUCACUUAAUUCCGAAAGUAUUCACCUGGAAUUGGUGUAAAAGUGUGCCGGUGUUAUGCUGGGCACCCGCCCUGGGAGUGUCUUAGUCUCACACACAUUCACUCACUCCACCUGGAGCCCAUUCAGCUUUUAAAUGUAUUAUACACACAUUAAAUAAUAAGUUGAAUCACUCAAAUGCAUGUUUACUGUUAUUAUCAAACUAAUUUAAGGUACAAUGGUAUUGUGAAACUCUGCCUAUCUGAGGUUUAGGGUGAGCUUUGGCCCUGCAGCCAGUCUAAAGGCUCCAUAGUUGUAUGGAGCAGCUGUGGGAGUAGCAGGUCACUGUAGGUCACAGCAUGGGAGGAUCCGUGUCCUGCUGCAUCUCUCCGUCAGAGAGCCCCAAGAUCACCAGGAGGCAGGUGGAGCUGGACGAGUGUCUCAUCACCACCACCGAGGACGUGAGCGAGGACACCGGCACCUACCUGCAGCACAUCAGCGACAGGGAGCUCCCUGAUGAACUGGCCCAGGAGGAAAAUCCAUCGGACCACCCCAGAGCCAGCACCCUCUUCCUGAACAAAUCCCAGACGGAUGUGCGCGAGAAAAGGAAAAGCAACUAUUUGAACCACCACACGUCCCCGGGGCCGCUGACCAAAAAGUACAGUUCCUGCUCCACCAUCUUCAUUGACGACAGCACAGUCAGUCAACCAAACCUCAAGAGCACCAUCAAAUGCGUUGCAUUGGCCAUAUACUAUCACAUAAAAAACAGAGAUUCCAACCGCUCGUUGGAGAUAUUCGAUGAGAAGAAGCACCCUCUGUCGAGAGACAAGAUCCCAGAGGACUAUUCAGUGGUGGACCCGGAGCACAAACUCAUCUACCGCUUCAUAAGGACGCUCUUCAGCUCCGCGCAGCUCACUGCUGAGUGCGCCAUCGUCACGCUGGUUUACCUGGAACGGCUGUUGACGUACGCUGAGAUGGACAUUUGUCCUUCUAACUGGAAGCGCAUCGUUCUCGGCGCCAUCUUGCUGGCCUCCAAGGUCUGGGACGAUCAGGCCGUGUGGAAUGUGGACUACUGCCAGAUCCUCAAAGACAUCGCCGUGGAGGACAUGAACGAGAUGGAGCGGCACUUCCUUGAGCUUCUGCAGUUCAACAUCAACGUCCCAGCCAGCGUCUACGCCAAGUAUUACUUUGAUCUGCGGUCGCUGGCUGAUGACAACAACCUCAGUUUCCCUCUGGAGCCGCUCAGCAACAAACGGGCCCAAAAACUGGAAGCCAUAUCCAGGCUGUGCGAGGACCGGUACAAGGACCUGGGUAAAUCUGCUGUGAGGAGAUCCGUCAGCGCAGACAACCUGGUGGGCGUCCGUCAGACCCAGGCUGUGCUGUCCUGAGGCUGGAGAAGCCAAGAAGGUGGUCACGUUCUUUUGUUUUUUUUAGAAACAAUUUAAAAGUAGAUCAAAAUCUUCAACUGGUGAGGUUUCAUUAUGAAAUGUUUAGAUGUUCAAUUUGGAUAUGAUGAAAUGACACAGUUUAGCAUCCAAUAACACUGUAAUAUCAUGAAUUAAGUAUGUGUCCAGUACAAAGAACUUCAUGUUUUUAUCUUCAAAACAUUGUAAUUUGGUGAUGAAUGUCGGAGGAGAAACGGGCAUGAAGAUGCUUCCCGGAGCCACUCCAGUCGAGGACCCAGCCGUCGUCUUUUCUCCACAUCAUGCAACCUCUUGUGGAAUAUAAUCCAGCUGUGGCCGUCUCUACAUCUGUAUUCACGUGACAAACUGUCUUGAACUACCCUGUGGCGUAGUUCUGCACACGGACAACGAGUAGAUUAUGUUUUGCUUACUAUGUAGGCUCCUAUAGCUGUGAAAUGUAUGAGACUUUAUUUAUGUCAAAUAAAUUUCACUUGCUGUUUAAAGUCGAGGCUGCUCAAGUGGGAACGUUUGUCCUGGUGUUUUUCUUUCAAGGU